AUGCCAUCUCUCAGGACAAUCUGCGCAGCUCUGACCGGUACCUUUUUGCUCGGCUUUGGAACUCUCCUGCUCAAGCCCUCGAGCUAUAGACUAGACAUACAGGAUCCCCCUGCGCAUUCUACUAUCUUCAAUUUAGACUCACAGUCAUAUGUCCAAGGCCCACCCACUCAACACUUUCGAGAUAACCUUCGCAAUGACACGAAGUACAUUACAUCGUGGGCUUCAGCGGGAUGGACGAACGACGUGAUAACCUAUGCCAAUUUGAUUUACCUGGCACUCAUAACAGAGCGUACACCCAUAAUCCCAAAGUUCCUUUCUACUCAUAUCGACCCAGGUGCACCUCCAUUUGUUUUUGGGGAAGUGUUCGACAUCCCUCGACUUAGUCAAGCCAUAGGGAUUCACUUGCUUGAAUGGCACGAAGUAAAAGACCCAGAAAGUCAAGUUCUCGACGAUCUUGGUUGUUGGAGUAUCUGGGAAACCGUCCAACAGCACAUCCCGAUUCCUGCACCACGGGGAAGUCCCUCCCUGAACCUACUCAAGCUUGAUAUCUCGUGGACGCGAGCUCCACCUUGGGUCGAGCUGACAUCUCCUAGCAAACACGACAAUCAUGCAUCCUUUUGGCCACUUGCAUCACUCGGAUUUCCAGAGACUCGCUCGAACAGCCUGGCAUUACCGUUAACGAAUCACCCUUCUCCUCAGCAUCAGGUUUCCCUGCCCCCGGACGAGCACGUAUUAUGCUUCGACUUCCUUUACUACGUAAGCGCCCAUCAUACAUGGGAAUGGGAAUUAGACUAUUCUCCCGCGUGGAGAUUUGUAGGCCAACACAUGCGAUGGACUGCAAGCAUGGAAAGGCUUGCCGAUAUGCAUGCCCGGCGUGCCAUGAACGUGCCAGCAAAUGAACCGACACCUCCCUAUGUAUCCGUCCACAUACGACAUGGUGACUUUCGCGAUCAAUGUCAGGGUGUUCCUGUGGAUCAAUGCUUUGCCUCGUUGUCCGUCAUUGCGCGCAGGGUAUCCGAGGUACAAGAGGAGCUUCGCAUACGAAAAGGGAUUGAAGCCACACAUGUUAUCAUGACCAGUGACGAAAGUGAUCCGGAAUGGUGGUCGGAGGUUAGGGCGUUAGGGUGGACGUGGGUAGAUUAUGCGGCAGAGCGGACAGAAGAGAUCUAUGGAAAAUGGCAUCCGGUGUUCAUCGACGCUAUCAUUCAGUCGAAUGGAGCUGGAUUCGUUGGCACUCUUCGUUCUACGAUGUCCACCCUGGCUAGCCGUAGAGUACAGUCAUGGCAUGACGGAGCAACUCGGACCAUCGCAUGGGGGUGGCCGGGCGCCGAUGACCAUUGA